AUCGGCAACGUUCUCAUGUGCUCGAUGACUGAAAAUUGAGAUGCUUUUCCAAGUUUCUAUCUACUUUCAGGUUGUUUUUGAAGAUUUGGUUGGUUGGGGAAUAGAAGUGUUUCAGAAUGAAGAUGAAGAUGAAGAUGUGAUUGCUGGUGUGACAGACUGUACGCCGUACUCUGUUUCGGUGCAUCAAGAACUAUGUGGGGUGGAGAUGCUAGACUUAUUAAUUAUUUCCCCUCACUGAAAGUCGAAACCAACUCACUUCUUUACUAUUCCGAUUGACCUUAUCGUCGCCCAUUUGUCACUGAUCUUUCUCACUGAUCUUUCUUGUCCAUUGUGAUAUGAAAGAUCGUCCAAUGGAUUGCCACAAACAUUGGAGGAACUAAUUAAUAAGUUGCACUCCAGAGAGAAAUUUGUCAUGAUGGGGCUUUCUACGCUAUUGCAAUCAAAAAUUCAACUCCUCAUUGCUACCAACUCAAUCUUUUUACCGCCAUGACCUCUCCCUCUCCCUCUCCUGAUGAGAUUUUCGAUAAUUGGAGUGGAAUAAAAGAAGAUGAUUUCUCCAAAACUAUAUACGAGACGUUUGGACUAUCCAGCGAUGAUAAUUAUGUAUAUCGCGCUGAAUCAUUCGCCAUGACAUUAUCACAAAUUCAAGAAACCACUAGUACGGGAAAAUUAAAGUAUCACUACAAAGAUCAUGGCAAGGUUGUUCAGAUACCACUCGCAGACAUCGAUGCCUAUACUUCGAUAUUCUCUUCCAAGACUGAUACAUCUAAAGCUCUAGUAGCAUUCUCCUCCAACGCAAAGAAAGGUUCACCUCGAGAAUGGGUUGCGAAUUACCUUCAAUCUCACCGAAUGGCACCUUCAUAUAAGAUACCGAAAGCCAAAGCACAAAUAAAUCCAUACUACGAUAUUUGGGCCCAUACAUGUCAGAUGGUAUCUUUCCUUGGACCGCUUCCCGAUGCACAUUAUGCGGCUCCUGCCGCCUCAAAAAUGACUCAUCCUGUUCUCCCUGUUCUGUACCAUCAUUUUGGAUGUGUCGUACCAUCUUACGAUUCUCUUUACAUAAUAUCUCAACUUGUGGAAGAGUCAAAAGUCGAUGGAGUUAUUGAUAUGGCAAGUGGAAGUGGAUAUUGGACAUAUAUGUUACGCCGAAUGAAGGUGAAGGUCAACGCUGUUGAUAACAUGGCAAGUGAAUAUAGAAUUAUGUGGAUACCUGAUACUGAAAAGACAGAUGGGGUGGAGUAUUUGAGGAAGAAUGCUGGAGGAAAGAAUAAAAUUUUAUUAAUGGUAUACAUGAUUACAGCUGGGACAUUUACGAAACGGGUGUUGAACGCUUAUAAAGGGAAUACAAUUGUGGCAGUCGGAACACAAAACGCGAAUCGAUACACAGGAUUUAGCGACUGUGGUAUGGAAGAGUGGUUUCAGAAGGAGAUGAAUGAUUGGGAGCUCACUUGUAGGAUCGCAAUGCCAAGUUUCGCAGGAAAGGAUGAAGGGAUGUUUGUAUGGAAGAGGAGGCUUUUAUGAGGUUUAUGAAAAUUGGUGAGGGUAUGGAACUGGGCGAAACAUAUGGUGGAUGUUGAUAUUUGAUGGGAUAGAAAUGUAUUGAUGUCAUAGAGGCAUUCCAUUCGAUACUGGUAUCGAUCAUGCUUCUGCGAUGAAUAUUUGUAUGAUCCUUGGACAGUUGGUAUUAUUCUCAUAUAAAUUUUCUGAUCUGCUAUCAAAAUAGCUUGUAAGAGUUCUGACUUC